GAGGCUGAUGACCUUGAACGAUUGUACGUCAAUGAAACUGGAGGUUCAUUUUCAAAGCAAGCAGAAUGAAGACUCAGAAGAGGAAGAGCACUGUACCAUCAGCAGUCACUGGGCCUUCCAACAUGAAAGUAAGCACUGGUCUUGCCUGGGCUCUUCUGAUCUGCUGGCCUCACCGAGUCCUGGCCUGCCAGUGACCUCAAGCUGUGAGAGUAUCCUCACUGAGCUCAGUGCUGCCUCUCUGUCAGCCAUCACCAUAAGCCUGCCACCUGAGCCAGUGGACCUGCCCUUGCAAGGUCAGGCCCCCAGCUCCAGUGGCUAGACCCUCCUUAGCCCUGGCCUAGGCCAGGAGGGUCCCAAGGACAAAGCUAAGAAGCAUCAUUCCCGUAGUUUUCUCAAGCACCUGGAGUCUCUGCAGAGGAAGAAAAAGUUUGGUGGCAGGCAAACAGAACCUGAGCAGAACCCAGCCACCUCAGGGAAUGCCACCAAAGCCUCAUAUUUCCAAAGUUGCUGUGGCUUCCUCUCAGUGGGAUUUUACAGGGCCAAGAAACGGGGGGCCACUGCAGGCAGUGGCUGAUGUGCCAACACUUAGAGAGCCUGGGAAGCCUGGCCUGUGGCCAUGUUUCGGCAUUCUCAGCAGGUACACCAGAGUGACUGCCUGAUACAUGUACCUGGGGACCACAAACCAGGCACAUUCCCUCGUUCCCUGUCCAUUGAGAGCCUAUGUCCUGAGGAUGGACACCACCUAGCAGAUUGGCAGCUUGGUCAAUGCUGGAGCUACAAAGGGUGCCGGGACUCCUGUGGCUCAACAAACAUACAUACCAGCACCUAUGACAACUUGUCCGUGGUGUACCCAGCUGAGCCGCUACUGGCUGGGACUGAUGCUGAAGAUGAGGAGGAUAGGAGCAGCUAUACCCACCUGGAUGACAUCCUCCAACAUGUGUGUGGGCUACAGCAACGAGUAGAGCUCUGGUCUCAGGCCAUGUGCCCAGAGCUGAGGCCUGGAGACAAGGAAGAGGAAAACAAGGAGGAAGAAGAGGUGGCCAUUUCAUCAGUAGAAAUUGCCAUAGUUGAGGGUGAGGGCCAGGCUGAAGCCUCAGCCCAUGGAGCGUCCUUGGCCCAGAUCCAGGCUGAAGUUCAGCCAUUCGUCCCUGCUCAUGCUCAGGCCACUGUCCCAGCCCCAUCUGAGGCUGAGAGUGAGGCUGAGCCAUCAGCACAGGCAGAGGCCCCAGCCCCAACUCAGGACACUGAACAGGAGGCAAAUUCAGGUGGGGAACCCACCUUUGCCUCCAACCUGUCUGUGGAAGAAAGACACUCCAUUUCUGACACUCUGCCUUCCUCCAGUGAACUUGACAGUAGUGAGAACUCCAUGAAUGAGGCUGAGGCCACAGCAGGCCUGGCUGGACUGCAGGCACCUGUGCCCCACAAGCGGCGUGAUUCAGGUGUUGGGGCCUCACUUACCAGACCCUGCAGAAAGCUCCACUGGCACAGCUUCCAGAACCCCUACCGGCCUAGCCUCAACUCAGAGUCACUGGAAAUCAACCGGCAGUUUGCAGGUCAGAUUAACCUCCUGCACAAAGGCUCGUUGCUGUGGCUCACUGCCUUCAUGGAGAAGUACACUGUGCCCCACAAACAGGGCUGGGUCUGGUCAGUGCCCAAGUUCAUGAAAAGGAACAAAACCCCAGACUACCGAGGACAACAUGUAUUUGGGGUGCCACCCCUCAUCCAUGUGCAGCGCACAGGCCAGCCACUGCCACAGAGCAUUCAGCAAGCCAUGCGCUACUUGCGUAGCCAGUGCUUGGACCAGGUGGGCCUCUUCCGCAAGUCUGGGGUCAAGUCCAGGAUCCAGAAUCUCCGCCAAAUGAAUGAGACCUCCCCUGACAAUGUCUGCUAUGAAGGUCAGUCAGCCUACGAUGUGGCUGACCUGCUGAAACAAUAUUUCCGGGACUUGCCUGAGCCCAUCUUCACCAGCAAGCUCGCCACCACUUUCCUAAAGAUCUACCAGCUCCUCCCCAAGGACCAGUGGCUGUCAGCAGCACAGGCUGCCACCUUGCUGCUCCCUGAUGAGAACCGAGAGGUAUUACAGACCCUGCUCUACUUCCUAAGUGACAUUGCCUCUGCCAAGGAAAACCAGAUGACAGCCAGCAACCUAGCAGUGUGCCUGGCACCCUCCAUCUUUCACCUCAAUGUCUCCAAGAAGGAUAGCCCCUCACCCAGGAUUAAGAGCAAAUGCAGCCUGGUUGGCCGGCCAGGCCCCAGGGACCUGAGUGAGAACAUGGCUGCCACUCAAGGCUUAUCGCAUAUGAUCAAUGACUGCAAGAAACUUUUCCAGGUGCCCCAGGACAUGGUGCUGCAGCUGUGUGGCUCCUACCAUGCAGCUGAACUCAGCCCUCCCGGCCCAACCUUGACUGAGUUGCGGCAGGCCCGAGCUGCUGGCAUGAGCCUGAGCCUAGCCAUGGAGGAGAGCAUCCAGGAACUACUGUGCAAUGCUGCUGAGUGCUCCAAGGGCUGGAUGAGUGUGCCAGGACCCCAGCAUAUGGAGCUGGCUUGCAGGAAGGCACCAGAUGGGCACCCCCUGCGCAUGACAGAGGUAGCAGCACCCCCAGCUGUGGUGCUCCACCGUAUUCUCCGGGAGCGGGCCCUCUGGGAUGAGGACCUGCUUUGGGCCCAGGUGCUAGAGGCCCUGAUGCCAGGUGUAGAGCUGUACCACUACGUCACUGACAGCAUGGCACCCCAUCCCUGCCGUGAUUUUGUGGUGCUCCGAAUGUGGCGCUCUGAUCUGCCUCGUGGGGGGUGCCUGCUUGUCUCCCAGUCCCUAGACCCUGAACAACCAGUGCCAGAGUCUGGAGUACGGGCCCUCAUGCUCACCUCCCAGUACCUCAUGGAACCCUGCGGCCUGGGUCGCUCUCGUCUUACUCACAUCUGCCGUGCUGACCUCAGGGGUCGUUCUUCUGACUGGUACAACAAAGUCUUUGGGCACCUGUGUGCUAUGGAAGUGGCCAAGAUUCGGGACUCCUUCCCCACCUUGCAGGCAGUUGGCCCUGAGACAAAGCUGUGAACCUCAAGUUGGUGCCAGGGUGACACCACCCAGGCCCCCUGGCACCAUGGGAGUGAGAGAAAACAAGCAGAGCAGCCCCUGGAUGCUGCUGCCAGGGGCAGAGCCAGGCCCCAGUGGCUCCAGUGGCCUGUCCCUCCACCUAUCUACACUGUAUUUCCAGCCCAGCACUGUAUUCUACUCCCCCAAGAAAGGAAGGUGAUGUUGGUAGCAAAAAGACUGCUGCUGUCCUUCACCUGUCCAGGAAGCCACCACUGUCUGAAGGGUCAACAGCUCCCCUG